GCGGAAGUGGCGGUUGGGCUGAUGCAGCCGCCUUCGAAGGAGCGGGCCCGGCGGGCCGGGGAGGCCCCGAGGGGACCUCGGGCGAGACCCCCGCGGCAGAGCUGGAGAGUGCUGGCCGAGAGGAACCCGAGCGUGGCCCCUGUGGGAGCCUGGGUGGAGAGCGGCCCAAGGGAGCUGGAGGAGAGCCAGGCCUUUGCCUCAGCGUUUCGGGUGGAGGAGGAGCUGAAAGAGCAGCAGAGGGAGAAGGCAGCCAACCUGCAACGCUUCCAGGGAGAGGUGCAGCAGCGGGUGAACCAGCAGGUCAGGAUGAGGAGGAAGCAGCAGCUGCAGCAGUCCUAUGAAGCAGCUGAGAGGGAAAGAGACGUUGCCGUGCGCUACUCGGACUCCAUCCUGCGCCUGACCCCCAGGAAGAACACGUGUCUGUUCCGGAGCCACCCCACACCCCUCAUCUGCAGCCCCUGCUCAGCCCAGCACCAGGGGCUGCCUGGAGAACCUUUCCAGCAACAGGCAGCUGAGCUGAGCAGAACCAUGCAGCAAGUUCGGCACAGGCUGGCGUCCUGCAAAACCAUGUCCCAGGGAGAGGGUCCUCCUGAGCUCCCUGGUGGCCUCUGGAAGAGGGAGAAAGCAGAGUCCUGUCAGACAGCUGAGGUGCCUGCUGAGGGAGAGGAACUGCUGCUGCUGGGACAUGAUGACCUCCCAGCUGAGCUGAGGGACCAGGCUGAGCAUGGCCAUGACUUCUACAUCAAAAUGGCAUUUGAAAAAUACUGUGAUGGCUCAGUGAAGGACUGGAGCCUUCCUGAGCCUCCCCAGAAUCCCCAUACCGACUACCAAGCUCCCCUCCUACUCUGGGCUGGUGUAGACCAAGAGGAAACCAAGAAGCAGGAUCAAGGGCAAGAAGGAGCAGCAGCGCUGGGAGGAAGAGCAGAGGAUGCAAGAGGUGGCUGAGCAGCACAAAGGCCCUGAGGGAGAGGCAGCCUGUGAAACCCUUGCCCAGCUCCAGCUGGAGGAGAGGAGAGGGAAGAAGGUUAAGGACAAACAG